AUGCCUGGGGGCUCCGGCUGCCCAGCCUGCCCUGGACCACUGAGACACUCUAGUUGGACCCCGGUAGACUCUCAAGAGUCCGUCAACUCAGCUCUGGGGCAUCUGUGGGACUCAGAGAACCUUAUAGUCCCAAGGUCUCGUAAUGUUACAUACAAGACCCAGAACAAUCGGCUUACAAAGAAAAACGGGGGCGGCCCCUCUGACCUGGGAUAUGAUAACGGAGGCGGCCCCUCUGACCUGGGAUAUGAUAACGGAGGCGGCCCUUCUGACCUGGGAUAUGAUAACGGAGGCGGCCCUUCUGACCUGGGAUAUGAUAACGGAGGCGGCCCUUCUGACCUGGGAUAUGAUAACGGAGGCGGCCCCUCUGACCUGGGAUAUGAUAACGGAGGCGGCCCCUCUGACCUGGGAUAUGAUAACGGAGGCGGCCCUUCUGACCUGGGAUAUGAUAACGGAGGCGGCCCCUCUGACCUGGGAUAUGAUAACGGAGGCGGCCCUUCUGACCUGGGAUAUGAUAACGGAGGCCCCCCCUCUGACCUGGGAUAUGAUAACGGAGGCGGCCCCUCUGACCUGGGAUAUGAUAACGGAGGCGGCCCCUCUGACCUGGGAUAUGAUAACGGAGGCGGCCCCUCUGACCUGGGAUAUGAUAACGGAGGCGGCCCUUCUGACCUGGGAUAUGAUAACGGAGGCGGCCCUUCUGACCUGGGAUAUGAUAACGGAGGCGGCCCCUCUGACCUGGGAUAUGAUAACGGAGGCGGCCCCUCUGACCUGGGAUAUGAUAACGGAGGCGGCCCCUCUGACCUGGGAUAUGAUAACGGAGGCGGCCCCUCUGACCUGGGAUAUGAUAACGGAGGCGGCCCCUCUGACCUGGGAUAUGAUAACGGAGGCGGCCCUUCUGACCUGGGAUAUGAUAACGGAGGCGGCCCCUCUGACCUGGGAUAUGAUAACGGAGGCGGCCCUUCUGACCUGGGAUAUGAUAACGGAGGCGGCCCUUCUGACCUGGGAUAUGAUAACGGAGGCGGCCCCUCUGACCUGGGAUAUGAUAACGGAGGCGGCCCUUCUGACCUGGGAUAUGAUAACGGAGGCGGCCCCUCUGACCUGGGAUAUGAUAACGGAGGCGGCCCUUCUGACCUGGGAUAUGAUAACGGAGGCGGCCCCUCUGACCUGGGAUAUGAUAACGGAGGCGGCCCUUCUGACCUGGGAUAUGAUAACGGAGGCGGCCCUUCUGACCUGGGAUAUGAUAACGGAGGCGGCCCCUCUGACCUGGGAUAUGAUAACGGAGGCGGCCCUUCUGACCUGGGAUAUGAUAUGCGGCCCCUCUGA